UGCAAACUCAUAUAUUUUUUUAAUGGCGGACAAAAGUUGAGUGUAAAGUAAUAGAAGUUUAAUUACAAAUUUUAUUUCAUACACUGCAAGUAAUGAUAUAAUUAUUAUAUUAAUACUAAAUCCUAACGCGAUCUGAGGAUUUAUAAUUUAUCAUGGCGUUACCUGCUAAUUAUAAACAGGUAGCACUGUCUACUCCCAGUAUGGUAACUUCGAACCAACGUUUACGAGCUUCUGGUGGGGGUGGCAGUGGAUCUGGUGCUAAUAAAGAUUCAUCCAGUCCUUUUAUUCAAACUCCACAUGGACACCCAGGAUUUACCCCACAAAAAGUUGGAAAAAAUACUCCAGCUGACUCACGUUUACCAAAACCACCGAAACCACCAGAGAAACCUCUAAUGCCGUACAUGAGAUACAGCCGUAAAGUUUGGGAUCAAGUAAAAGCCCAAAAUCCAGAAUUAAAAUUAUGGGAAAUUGGAAAAAUAAUCGGACAAAUGUGGAGAGAUUUACCAGAGGAAGAGAAAACCGAAUUUAUAGAAGAAUAUGAAACCGAAAAAGUUGAAUAUGAAAAAAGUUUGAAAACUUACCACAAUUCACCAGCAUACUUGGCGUACAUUGCAGCUAAAAAUCGUGGAAAAUCUGCAUUAUGUGUAGCACAACAAAGCAGUGAUGACCGUGAGACUCAUGAACGUUCCUCCAGUGGCGGCAAAGGUCAAGCGGCUCAAGACAGACGAAUAGAUAUUUUGCCAGCUGAAGAUGAAGAUGACCAAGAUGAUGGUUACUCUGUUAAACACGUGGCUUAUUCCCGUUACACUCGAAAUCAUCGUUUAAUAAAUGAAAUAUUUAGUGACACUGUUGUUCCUGAUGUUCGUUCUGUAGUCACAACUCAACGAAUGCAAGUACUAAGACGUCAAGUCCAGUCGCUUACUAUGCAUCAGAAAAAAUUAGAAGCCGAGUUACAACAAAUAGAAGAAAAAUUUGAAGCUAAAAAACGCAAAUUUAUUGAAACAAGUGAAAUAUUUCAAGAAGAAUUGAAAAAGCAUUGUAAACCAGCAGUUGAUGAAGAUACGUUCAAUAAAAUGGUAGAACGUCAAUAUGAACUUUUACGUCGUGAAAGAGUUAGAGGCAAUGAUGAAACUCGAUCUGAUGGACCAGCAUCCAGUGACUCAACACCGAACUCUACUCCUACUCCGACACCGGCAGUAAUGAACGAAGACAACACUGCAGAGACUGAGAAUGAAGGCGCUGAGAAGAAAUUUCAGGAAUCGGAGAAAGCAAUAGAGGUGAAGAAGGGAAGUCCAUCUCCACCUUUCAUGGAAGGAAAACUGGAUUCUCCUGUUCAAGCAAAUGUCAAUGCUCAAGGCAAUACAAUGAGUUAUCCAGGAUCAGUUAGUCCAGCUCAUCACCAACCACUGCCACCGCAACAACAGCAUCAACAACCACCCACUCUGAUUCCACAGCAACCUCAAACACAGCAAAUAACACAUCAAUCACAACAGUCUCAAGUGUCACAACAGCCUCCUCAUCUUGCACCUCAACAUCCGACAAUAAUGCCGCCGCAACAUCAAUCGUCACAACCACAGCCUCCGAAUCAUUCUCAGCCACCUUCUCUACAGUCUCAAGCACCGACUCCACAGCAUCCACAACCUCCACCGUCUCAGCAUCAACCACUUCAACCUCCUUUACCACAUCAACCACCUCCACCGUCACCACACCAACAAUCUCCUCCAGCUCCUCAUCAACAGCAUCAACAACAGAAUGCUCAACAUCAUCUUCCUACACCGCAACAUCAAGCGCUUUCUUCUCAACAUCAAGGUCCACCUUCGCAACAUCAAGGUCCACCUUCACAACAUCAAGGUCCACCUUCACAACAUCAAGGUCCACCUUCACAACAUCAAGGUCCACCUUCGCAGCAUCAAGGCCCACCUUCACAGCAUCAAGGCCCACCUUCGCAGCAUCAAGGCCCACCUUCGCAACAUCAAGGUCCGCCUUUACAGCAUCAAGGAGGACCACCUUCCCAACAUCAAGGCCCAACACAGCAUCAAGGACCUCCUUCACAGCACCAAGGAGGCCCCCCGCCUCAACAUCAAGGCCCUCCAUCUCAACACCAAGGUCCUCCGUCUCAACAUCAAGGUCCUCCUUCCCAGCAUCAAGGACUUCCAUCCCAACAUCAAGGUCCUCCAUCUCAACAUCAGGGACCUCCUUCUCAACAUCAAGGUCCGCCAUCCCAACAUCAAGGCCCACCUUCUCAACAUCAGGGUCCACCUUCCCAACACCAGGGUCCAUCUUCCCAACAUCAGGGUCCACCUUCUCAACACCAGGGUCCACCUUCUCAACAUCAAGGCUUGUCUUCUCAACAUCAAGGCCCUAAUUCACAACACCAAGGGCCUAAUUCCCAGCAUCAAGGUCCACCAUCUCAACAUCAGGGUCCACCAUCUCAACAUCAGGGUCCACCGUCUCAACAUCAAGGCCCGCCGUCUCAACAUCAAGGUCCACCUUCGCAACACCAACAACCUAUGCCACAUCAGCCUCCAUCAAUGCAGCAUCAACAGUCACCACCCCCGCCACAACACCAACAACAACCACCUCAUCAUCAACCACCGCCCCCACCCCAGCCAUCUCCACACCAACAAUCUCAACUUCCUACAGCUUCAACACCAGGAAUGCCAAACCCACCAUCAACACCACCAUCCUCAUCUCCUGUUCCAUCUCUGCAGCACAAUCCUCACCAGCCACCAAAUAUGAUGCCCAAUCAUUCAAUGCCUUCCCAAGUAAUGACACCUCAAGGCCCAGGGAAUCCACACGGCCCACCACCAAUGAUUCCACCCGGACAAGGUUACUCUCAGCAGUACCAACCACCCGGUGGACAACCACAGGCACAAAAUGUUCCACUCGCACCGCGACCACCGCAUCCAUCUUACGGCUACGGUCAGCAACCAUACCAUCAACCCUAUCCCCAGUACACUCAUUCUUACUACCAUCAACCGUACUCUCAAUAUUCUCCCCACCCCAUGGGAAGACCGCAUCCUCACGGACCUCACAGUCCACACAGUCCUCACAGUCCCUACCAUCCACAGUCACCUCACACAGUAGGCGAUACUAAUCCUCCUGGUAAUGCUGUAGCUGGAUCAGGUGCUGGUCCCAAUGCCGAAGGUGGCAACUCUGCGUACUCACCUGCUCCCAAUCACGGGGAACCAGAGCGACAAGGACCCUCUGAUAAUCAAGGCGAUGGACAGGGUGAUGCUAAAUGAGCAUCAAUAUAACGAUAAUAAUAACAAAUGAAACUAAUAAGUGUAAAAAUAAUAAUAAUCUAAUUAUUAGCUAAUACUUUUUUUUAGACAUUCAGUUAUUUUGUUUUUACUACUGUACUUUUUACUUAAUAUUUCUGAUUAAUUACAACCGACAUGAUCUUAUUAAAUAAAAUUAGCAAAUAUAUGCUUUUGAUAUAUAAAAUUAUUAUUUUUAUUAAUUGAUAUUCACAGUAGUAACUUAGUUAUGUAU